UUGCAGUUUUUUAUAACCCUAAACUGUAGAAAAAGUUACAACGAUUUUUACUGUUGCCACUGCUGCUUUCAGAUAUCUGUAAUCGAUUUUGCUUCGUUACCAAAAGUGGCUAUCCCAAUAAAACCUUUCCAAGGACAACAAGAAGUUCUGGACAGAGUUGCUGGAAUUGAAUUUUCUGGAGGAAAUGCUAAAAUUUACGCAGCUAUCGAUCUUGGAUUAAGUGAACUGAAUAGACUUCGCCGGUCUAACGCAACCCAAGUUAUCAUACUACUAUCAGACGGUCAUGGCGAGGAGUACUGGAGUAGCGUCCAGGAAACCAGUAAACGACUUCGAGAUGCAAAAGUUGAAACAUUUGCUGUUACUUCAAGCGAGGACUAUAAUUUAGGUAACUUAGUGCCAUAUGCAGGAGAUAAAAGUCGAGUUUUCGCCAAUACGAAGCAAACCAACUUUAUAAAUACGAUUACAACGCUGCUUAACAACUGCCUUAAAUCUGACCUGAAAGGUCCACCUGGUUCAGUCACAACUCCAAUCAAAUUGCCAACUCUGCCACUUGUUGCUCCUGAACCGACUGAAGAUGUUCGCUCAGAAAAUAUAAUCAUCAGUUCGACUCCCUCCACCGAAUCACCAGAUACCAGCACCACCAAUGAAAUUUCAACUACUGAACAAGUCUUAACCACAAGUGAGAGUACUACUGAGACUUUUGUUGGCACACCUGAUUUAGCGGAAGAAAUCGAUGUAUUCGGAAUAAUCGCUACCCAGGGUAUUAUCGCAAGCGAGGAUUUUUCCACUUCCAGCGAUAACUUGGCAAGUACGGAACAGCAAAUGCCAACUUUUGCUGAAGAAACCAAAAAAACUGAGUCGCACACCACAGAAAUAGUAGCUCGCGUCGAGAAAGAAUUAAAUAAACAAGCAACCGAAGCACCUGAACUUUGGACUGAAAAAGAAGGCAGUACGUCUGUAGAGAAAGAAAGUACAGCUAAUGAAAGUUUAGAAGCUACUACUGCCAUAACUGAAAAAACUAACAGUUCGACAGAAGACAAUGUGAAAAAACCAACCACGGUUACAAAGAAAAAACAGUGCGAUGUAGAUGUGGUCUUUGUAAUCGAUCGUUCGGCUGGUUCUACACCCUUAUUCGACAAGCAGAUCAGUUUUGCGACAUCGUUGGUUGACAAACUUCUGUCUAAUAGUGCAAACCUAAAACGUCUUCAAAUAGGAGCCAUUAGUUUUGCUUCGGAGGCUCAAGUUGACUUGGAAUUUGGUUUGGAUCGUGAAGCGAAAAUCAUUGAUAAGGAAAUACUGGCUAUCAAUCAAACGGUUGAUGAAACAUCGCUGGUUUCUGGGAUUUCUUUAGCAAUAAAGGUUCCAUUUGCCCAAUCUACCCGGAGGCCCAAUGCUGAACUAGUAAUGUUUUUAAUUUCGGACGGAAAAAGUCAAGAAGAUCUACAAGUGAUUGCUAAACAAACGGGGUCGGCGACCUUGCUCAUCUUACAUACUUUGCCAAAAGGUCAUUUUUAUGCUGCGAGCUUCAAUGAUGACAACAAAGCAAUUGAUUUGGAAAAACUUGCGCUUUUUGCUAGUAGUAAACAUCAUGUAUUUAUCGAUAGACCUUCCAGUCCUUUUGUAAAUAAAGCAGUUUGGCUACAUGAAGUUCAGAACAAAGAUGAUAUUAACAACUGCGUUUGGGGCACUGAUGAAGGAACGGAGGUUGCAACAAAAAAACCAACCGAAUAUAAAAGCGCUGAAAAGACUCCAUUAGACCUGGUUAUAUUGCUGGACCAAACAGCUCCAAAAGCUGAUCAUUUUACAAAAAGUAAAACAGCUGUAAUUGAACUGCUGCAAAGCCUGGAACCAAAGGUGUUCAAUUCUUAUGUAAAUACAGCUUUGGUAACAUUCAAUGAUGAACCAGAACUUAUAACAAGCUUAAAAGUGCAAACUCCACAAAGCGGUUUAGUCAAAAUAAUUGAUGAACUUGAACAAAAACUUGAAGUCUCUUCAGUCGCAAAAGGUUAUUCUUUGCUUCUUCGCAACCUCGUUAUUUUCAAAACACCCCAACUACAGAUUAUCAACAUCAAAACUCCAAACUUUGGCAAUUUUUUAUGA